CAAACAAAUCUUCCAUGAAACUUAACGGAUCAUGUUCAGUCCAUUAUUGAAAUUUCAACGACAAACUAACGGCAGGAAAAAAAUAGAAAAAUGGUGGCUAUUCCACGCCACAAAUUUUCAAUCAUUAAUGUAUCCCUGUUUCACUAUUUGCCGUAUUCUGGGGACAUUUCCGUAUAAGAUUAACGGUUUAUUCUUCGUUAUUUCUAAACCUUACUACAUUCUAUCGAAUAUAAUUAUGUGUGUCUUCUGCUUUAGUGCAUUGAUGAUACUUUAUACAAUAAACAGUGAUCAAUGGUUUAAUGAGUAUAACGUACGCAGAGCUAUUGAAAAUAAUGCCUUUUACAUAACCAGCAGUUUCAUAAUAAUCGUCACAUUCGUUUUAAGCAGUCCACGAAUGUGUUUGCUACAGACCAUAAUGAAAAUUUCUUCAAGACUACCUUCAGAAUUGUAUCAAAAACAGUCUGUACUAAUCCACACAAAGGACAUUAUUGGUUUCUUCUUGUUAUUCGCGCAAGCAUUAUGUUAUUUAAAAGUGCAAAUCCCUGUUUUAUUCAAUGUGUUGUUUUUGUACAGCGUUCUACUAGUAUUUCAGAUGGAUAUGCUGUACAUAAACUGCGUUUGUGUAUUAAAAGGUUGCUUCAAGAAAAUCAAUGACGAUUUAACAAACUUAUUUAUAAACAAAUUAUAUUUAGUCAAAUGGAUCAACCAUCCUCUUUUGUUAAUGGAGCUCAAGGCUUUGAAGAAACGACAUUUGAUAAUUAGUGAUACAGUGCAGAAGUUAAAUAUACUUUUCAGUCCACAGCUUCUCGCAACCAUAGUCGCAUCUUUCUUCGAGAUUACUUUUGAAGUGUACUUCAAUUUAAUAGAAUGGAAUAAUGGGUUGUCUAUCAAUUGGGCUAAGAAAAUUGAUCACACUUAUGCAAUGUUCUAUGUUGGGUAUCAUUUUAUAAAAAUAGUGUUGAUAGCAUGGGCCUGCGAGACUAGUAAAAAUGAAGCUGUAAAAAUUAGCACUACAGUUCAUGACAUACUUAAUAUCACUAACGACGAGGAAAUUGCAUUUGAGUUGCAGCUGUUUUCUUUACAAACAAUGCAUUGUUGCAAUACAUUCUAUGCGAAAGGUCUCAUUCUCGAUGCAACGCUUAUCACAACGGUGAGCAAUUAUUUGUCACAAUUAAAUGUAUUAAAUUAAGUUACAGCAUUUACUAAUUUAUAAUAUUGCUUUUUAGGUGAUGGGUACUAUUACUACAUAUCUUUUAAUUUUGAUACAAUUUUUGGUCAUAACACAUUCUUGUGAUAAAAAAAUUGCAAUCAAUAGUACAACAUCCUAAAUCAGCAUAAACAAUGUAAUACAAAAUACAUAAUCCAUAAAACAAAUUGAUUUUUAAACGCUAAAUCUUUUCUUUUUAUGCGUAAUAUCAUACAAUAAUUUAUAUGUGUACGUAAAUGUAUCAAUUAAAAAUAUAUAAGUUUAGUAGAUAUAGUUACUUAUGUUAGUAUACAACGUGUUAGUAUAAACAAAAAUAAAUAAAUUUUCAUAAGUAUUGCUAUAAAUUCCUUAAGUUUAUUACAUAAUUAAUUUUUCCAUUUUCUUGUUUCAAAAUUAAAAAAAUAUAAAUAUUAACGUUUAAUCAUUAUAAUCUGAUUUAUUUCUUUAUCCUUUUUUCUUUUAUGAAAAAAAUAUACACGUUAAUACUUGAAAAAGUUUGCGUACAUUUGUUAGCAUAAGUUUGCUAAUAUUUGUAAUAGCAAAACGCAUACAACUACUUAAUAGUAUAUAACAUUAUACAUAUAUGUAAUAAUAUUCAAUAUUAUACAAAAAUUGAAAUUAAUUUUUCGUUAGUCUAUGAUUUAAAAAAAGGCA